GAUUCAGCUACCAACUUAGAAAUAUUCGACUAAGAACAUUUUUCUACGACGAAAUGGACGGCCAAGCACAAUUCGAUAUAAGCAAACUCAGUGAUUCUGAUCGCAACGAGUUGAACCAAUUCUUGCAAAACGAGACUCAGAAGUCGACUAUUCAGCAGACCGUCCAUCACCUCUCCGAAGUCUGCUUUAAGAAAUGCAUCACCGGCAACAUCUCAUCGAACCGACUCGAUCGAACUGAGGAAUUGUGCGCACAGAACUGCGUCGACAGAUGGAUGGAUGCUAACCUGUCUAUUCUCAAACAUUUGGAGACUCUCCGUGGGGGGCAAUAAACUGAUCAAAAAGAGGAUGGCAAAGAGGAUGGCUGAGAGGAUGAUGAGAUGUGAUUUCAAGGGGACACGGUUAUGGUCAUGUAUUUUUAUGCUGUUCGAUUCGACUUACUGUAACACCACUAUACUCAAAAAUCGAGAUACUCCUACGACAUUUCAAUGUACUAUUA